AUGAUUCGAUUUAUACUGAUACAAAAUCGAGCAGGAAAAACACGCUUAGCAAAAUGGUAUAUGAAUUUUGAUAAUGAUGAAAAACAAAAAUUAAUUGAAGAAGUUCAUGCAUGUGUAACAGUUCGUGAUGCAAAACAUACGAAUUUUGUUGAGUUUCGGAAUUUUAAAAUAGUUUAUCGACGCUACGCUGGGCUGUAUUUUUGUAUGUGCGUGGAUAUACUUGAUAAUAAUUUGUGCCAUCUGGAAGCGAUUCAUAAUUUUGUGGAAGUUCUUAAUGAGUAUUUUCACAAUGUUUGUGAACUUGAUCUUGUCUUCAACUUCUAUAAGGUUUAUUCCGUGGUAGAUGAGAUGUUUCUUGCUGGAGAAAUUCGUGAAACAUCGCAAGCCAAGGUUUUGAAACAAUUGAUGAUGCUUUCAACUCUCGACUGA